CGCGAGGACGCACUACGGCGGCUGAAGAGAGAAAUGCGGGCGCGGGCGGUGAGGCUGGGCCUUCGGUCCUGGGUGGGCUGGCGCCGGGGCUUAACCUCCAAGGCGGAUCCUCAGCGUAGUGGCAGUGUCACGGCCGAGGUGAUCGAACACCUGGAGCGUCUAGCGCUUGUGGACUUCGGCAGCCAGGAGGCCGUGGCACGGUUGGAGAAAACCAUCGCCUUUGCCGACCGGCUCCGCGCCGUGGACACGGACGGCGUGGAGCCCAUGGAAUCAGUAUUGGAGGACAGAUGUCUAUACUUGAGAUCUGACAAUGUGGUAGAAGGCAACUGUGCUGAAGUACUACUACAAAAUGCCCAUCGAGUUGUGGAGGAGUAUUUUGUGGCCCCCCCAGGUAAUAUCUCUUUGCCAAAGCAGGAUGAACAAGAGCCUUUUUCACACAACUGAGUAGCUAUUCUGGGAAUGGGUACCCUGUGAACACGUGGAAGCCCAAAGAUAGUAUUUCGUUACUGUGAACAGUAAUGUUCCAACUUUCUUCAGUCACCUGAAAAAAACUGAUGGUUAAGUAUUUUUUAAUAACUCUCUGAAGACAAAAUUGGGAAAUAAUCUAGCCAAAACAAGGCAGUGAGUUCCUACUGCUACUGGAAGAGGUAUUGUUACUUUCCAGGUAUUUAUUCACAGACUGUUCAGUAUUUAAGAUGUCAUCCUCCUUUAUCUCCUCUAGAGACUAUCUACCAAACUGCACUUAAGUGAAUUUUUCUGUUGAUGUAACUAUUAGACAGUGCAUCUGAUCACUAUGUGACAACGGGUGUUGUACUUUUUAGUUGCUGUUUCUGUCAAUCCAAGAAACCUUGUAUCUUUACCAAAUUCAGAUUUGUUCCUGGGUACCCACUCUGUUUGUUCCCAGCAGAAGGCUAACUUUCUCCUAAAGUGUUAAGAGUAUUCAAAGUAGACUCUACAGCUUGUGAGCUCCUAACCUACAAUCAUCCACCAUCCCACAAAGUGAUCACAUGCAAAAAGGAUGCUAGCCACAGCUACAGUUUUUCUGAAAAGAACCUAUGUCAGAAAUAGCCCUGGGAUAGCUAACAGUACUGUACACUAAAAAUUUGCCAAGAGGGUAGAUUUUGUAUUAAAUGUUCUUACCACAAAUAAAUCUUAAAGGAGUAGGGAAGCAA